AUGACCAGAAUACUCGUAGACGUAGGAAGUGGAUAUUCUGAGAAAUCUCCAUCUUAUUCUUCUUUCUUCCUUGUACUCUCUCUCUCAAAUUUCACACACUCCCUCCAAUUAAGAACAAGAACCACGCAAGAGAGAGAAAAGGAUUCUCUAAUGCCGCACCCACUGAUUCGCAGCCUCCACUAUCCUCUACCAAUCAUCACGCUAUGUUCGAUUCCGACAAGCAAAGAAUUAACGCCGUUGAUCCACUCCAAGUCCACCGUCACUUUUCUGAGUCGGCCACAGCAGAUAAAUACUACUAGUACUAGCGGUAGAAGCGCGAUGAUAAGGUGUAUGGCGAACCCUAGGAGGGUGAAAAUGGUGGCAAAGCAGAUAAUGAGAGAGCUUUCCGACAUGCUUUUAACUGACAAGAUUUUGCAGUACGCUGUCCUUCCCGAAGCAGCCCUCGGCGCCGAUCGAUACCUUUCUUCUCUUACUACAAUCAGCGAUGUCGAAGUCUCCACUGAUUUACAGGUUGUUAAAGUAUAUGUAUCUGUUUUUGGUGAUGAAAGAGGAAAGGAGGUUGCCCUUUCUGGGUUGAAGUCAAAAGCUAAGUAUGUUCGAACUGAGUUAGGUAGGCGUAUGAAGUUGCGGCUGACUCCUGAGAUACGUUUUAUAGAAGAUGAGUCUCUAGAGCGAGGAAGCAGGGUUAUUGGUAUACUUGAUAAAAUAAAGAAUGAGAGUGAGAGAAAUAUUUCAGAAACGCAAGGUGAUGACCAACACGAGUCUUCUAUUUUAACUAAUGGUGAUGAGGACUGGGAGGGUGAUGGCCCUGAUGAUGAAGGCAUUAUUUACGUGAAGUAG